UUUUUUUUUUUUCGUGUGUUUUCCAUUCAAUCCCUCCAACAAAAUAUAAAAAAUAUCCCGUGAACAAAGUCUCAUUAUCUCAAGAGUCAUCGUUCCGUUCAGUUUCAUUUUGUGUUACUCUAAAAAUAAAAAAAAAAUUAAAACUAAAAUAUUACAUCAAAGACAAUAAAAUCAGUGAAAAUUAAUCAUCACUAAAUACUCCAAACCACUCCCAUUCUUCAAAUUACAAAAAAAAAAAAAAAAACAAUAAACAAUUAAAAACAAUUCAAGUGCAUUGAGUGUAUAAAAUAUCAAAUUAAACAAUUAAAAAACAAAAAUAAAAAAAAAACAUUAAUAGCAAUAUUAUUUUCAUUAUUGAGAAAAAAAAAAAAAAAUUGUGAGCAAAGUGCGUGUUGUCAAGCGGAUAUUAAACAAACAAAAUAAUAAUAAUAAUAAUAUUAAAAAUAAUAUCAAAAUUUGUGUGUAAAAUUUGACAAAUCAUCAAAAUUAUUUUUAAAAAAAUUUGGCAAACAGCCCGCCUUUCCUCACCCCCCAAAAAAUCCCCAACAUCUGUAGAAAAAAAAAAAGAGAAAAAAAAAAGAAAACAUCUCGAAAUUUCUAUCCCUAAAAUUUUAGUACACCCGUGGUUUUAGCAAAAUUUAACGGGAACCCGUCAAAUUUAUUGUCGUCCGAACGUGUCUAAUCGUGUUUGUGCAUCAUCCUAAAAUUUAUUAAAUUAAAAAUAAAUCAUUUGGAUAUUUAAAAAUUCCUUAAAAAAAAAAAGUACAAAAUAAUUAAAAAUCAGAUUGACAAGUUGAGGAAGAAAAAAAAAAUACAAGACCCUGACAGUCAGGUGAAAGUUUGUGAUAGAGUUAAUAAAAAUAAAGAAUAAAAAAGUUUAAAAACGGAUUUCGUAAAGUCCGAUGUCUAGUGCUGAAGUUGUUGAUAGUUCCGUUGACCCCCCAGCAAAGAAGCGACGCAUUGCUGCUACACCGGGAGUCGCCGAGGAAUCGGUAAAUAAUAUUGAAAUGGCUAAAAAUGGAUCAUCAUCAUCAAAAAGUGGAAGUGAAAUUGAUGAAGGACUUUAUUCACGUCAACUUUAUGUACUUGGACAUGAAGCAAUGCGACGUAUGGCAACAUCAAAUGUUUUAAUAUCUGGUCUUGGUGGUCUUGGUGUUGAAAUUGCUAAAAAUGUUAUACUUGGUGGUGUUAAAUCAGUAACAUUACAUGACAAUAAAUUAACUAAAAUAAGUGAUUUAAAUUCACAAUUUUAUUUGAGUGAUAAUGAUAUUGGUAAAAAUCGUGCAACAAGUUGUUGUCAAAAAUUAUCUGAAUUAAAUAAUUAUGUACCAACUCGUAUUUAUGAUGGUGAAUUAGAUGAAGAAGCAUUAAAAAAAUAUGAAAUAAUUGUAUUAACUGAAACAACACUGGAUGAACAAUUAAGAAUAUCUGAUAUUAUUAGAAAAUAUAAUAAAGCAUUAAUAAUUGCUGAUACAUGUGGUUUAUAUUCACAAGUAUUUUGUGAUUUUGGUAAUGAUUUUCAUGUUGUUGAUACAAAUGGUGAACCACCAGUAACAGCAAUGAUUGCAAGUAUAUCAAAUGAUAAUGUUGGUGUUGUAACAUGUCUUGAUGAUACAAGACACGGUAUGGAAGAUGGUGAUUUUGUAACAUUUACUGAAAUUCAAGGUAUGAUUGAAUUAAAUAAUUGUGAACCACGUCAAAUAAAAGUACUUGGUCCAUAUACAUUUUCAAUUGGUGAUACAACAUCAUUUUCUGAAUAUCAAAGAGGUGGUAUUGUAACACAAGUUAAAAUGCCAAAAUCAAUAAAAAAUUGAAUCAAUGAAUUUAUUAGGAGGUAAAUUUGAUAAUCCACAACAAUUACAUAUUGGCACAUAAUAUAUUUGAAACACCACGUUCAUGGAAUCAAAAUGAUGCUGAUGAAUUUAUUACUAAAGGGGUUUGAUAUUGAAAAAAUAAGAUGACAUGCUGCAAUGCGGUACACAAGAAGUUAUGAAAGCAUGUUCUGGCUGGCGAUGCAAUUGGUUUACCAAUUGAGGAGGCUGAUUGGCACGGUUCACGGCGGUGCUGGUGCAAUUGGUUGUGAAUUAUUAAAAAAUUUUGCAAUGCUUGGUAUUGGUGCAAAUGAUGGUUGUAUAACAGUAACAGAUAUGGAUUUAAUUGAAAAAUCAAAUUUAAAUCGUCAAUUUUUAUUUAGACCAACAGAUGUACAAAAAGCUAAAUCAUCAACAGCAGCACGUGUUAUUAAAGAAAUGAAUCCAAUGAUGAAUGUUGUAUCACAUGAAAAUCGUGUUGGUCCAGAUACUGAAAAAGUAUAUAAUGAUGAUUUUUUUAAUAAUCUUGAUGGUGUUGCAAAUGCAUUAGAUAAUGUUGAUGCACGUAUUUAUAUGGAUCGUCGUUGUGUUUAUUAUCGUAAGCCAUUAUUAGAAUCAGGUACACUUGGUACAAAAGGUAAUACACAAAUUGUUGUACCACAUUUAACUGAAUCAUAUAGUUCAUCACAAGAUCCACCAGAAAAAUCAAUACCAAUAUGUACAUUAAAAAAUUUUCCAAAUGCAAUUGAACAUACAUUACAAUGGGCACGUGAUAAUUUUGAAGGUUUAUUUCGUCAAUCAGCUGAAAAUGCUGCUCAAUAUAUUGCUGAUUCACAAUUUAUUGAUAGAACACUUAAAUUACCUGGUGUACAACCACUUGAAGUAUUAGAAUCAGUUAAAACAGCACUUGUUGAUGAUAGACCAAAUACAUUUAAUGAUUGUAUUAAAUGGGCACGUUAUCAUUGGCAAGAACAAUAUAAUAAUCAAAUACGUCAAUUAUUAUUUAAUUUUCCACAAGAUCAAAUAACAUCAAGUGGUCAACCAUUUUGGUCAGGACCAAAACGUUGUCCAGUACCUCUACAAUUUGAUAUUAAUAAUCAGCUACAUAUUGAUUAUAUUGUUGCUGCUGCUAAUUUAAAAGCUAAAAUUUAUGGUAUUGAUAUUAAUCGUAAUUAUGAUGAUAUUAAAAAUAUUGUAUCUAAAAUACAAGUACCAGUAUUUGAGCCAAAAUCUGGUGUUAAAAUUGCUGAAAAUGAUGCACAAGUACAAUCAUCAAAUGGUAGUGGUAAUGUUGAUCAUGAUAGAUUAAUACAAUUACAACAAGAAUUACCAAAACCAAAUGAGCUUAAUGGUCUUAAAAUAUAUCCACAAGAUUUUGAAAAAGAUGAUGAUAGUAAUUUUCAUAUUGAUUUUAUUGUUGCUGCAUCAAAUUUACGUGCUGCAAAUUAUAAUAUACCAGCUGCUGAUCGUCAUAAAAGUAAACUUAUUGCUGGUAAAAUAAUACCAGCAAUUGCAACAACAACAUCUGUUGUUGCUGGUCUUGUUUGUUUUGAAUUAUUAAAAUUAGCACGUGGUUUUACUGAUUUAACAUUAUAUAAAAAUGGUUUUGUUAAUCUUGCAUUACCAUUUUUUGGUUUUUCUGAGCCAAUAUCAGCACCAAAGCUUAAAUAUUACGAUACUGAAUGGACACUAUGGGAUAGAUUUGAGGUCAAAGGUGAAAUGACAUUGAGAGAAUUUUUGGAUUAUUUUAAAAAUGAACAUAAAUUAGAAGUAACAAUGUUGUCACAGGGUGUUUGUAUGUUGUAUUCAUUUUUCAUGGCUAAAGCCAAGUGUCAAGAACGUAUGGGUCUACCAAUGUCUGAAGUUGUUAAAAAAGUAUCAAAGAAAAAACUUGAACCACAUGUACGUGCACUUGUUUUUGAACUUUGCUGCAAUGAUGAAGAUGGUAAUGAUGUUGAAGUACCAUAUGUCAGAUAUACUUUACCAUAAAUUAAUCAUCAUUUGAAUUAUCAUUAUCAUUAUAUUAUUUUCAAAUCAAUAUUAAUAUUUUUUUUUUUUUUUCUAUAUUUACUAUUACUAUUAGUAAUAAUUCAAGAGCAAAUUUUGUAGUCUUUUUAUUUUAUUUUCUUUAACAUUCAUUUGUUCAAAAUAAUUUGUUGACUGUUUUUUUUUUUUCCUUUUUCUUUUAUAAUAAUAAUUAAAAAUAAUUAUAUCAAGAAAAAAACUUGGCUGCUCCCAUUGUUCAUAGAGUCAACUGUAAAUUAAAAAAAAAAUAAUAAUAAAACUGUCUUUUUUCUAUUUUUUUUUUGUUUUGUUUUGCAAAAUAAAAAAUUAAUAAUUAAAAAAUAAAAAAAAAUGUAUGUGUAGUUUAAACGAAUAUAGUUAUAAUUAAAAUCAAUAACAACAUUUAAAAAUUUAAAAUAAUUAUAAGAAAUAAUUGAAAAGAAAAAUAAAGAAAAAUAGUCUUUUUCUACUGUGUUUUUUCACAUAUAUAAAAAAAAAUAAAACUAAACUCAUCCACCGAUUUUUAAAAUAGAUAAAACAUGCUUUUAUUUAUAAAUAAUUAUAAUUUCCAAACAACAGCGACUUUGAUAAUAAAAAAUAAUUGAAAAAAAAAAAAAUAUAAAAAAUUCAUCGAGAAGAAAAAAAUGAUAAAAAAUAAUUUCAAUUGUCUAUUAAAAAUUAAUAAACAAUAGUCGUAAUAAUAUCAAUAAUAAUUAAUCAUUGAUUUAAAAAUUUCGAUUGUUAAGUCAACAAAUUCUUGCAUUUAACUUU